CACAAAAACAAUACUAGCGACGGUUAUGAAAAAGAAGUGGGAAGGCACCAAGGUGAACAGCGUGAAAUGAUGACUGUGGAAAGAAAAGUGGAGAAUUUAGUUAUACAGCAACAAAUAAGUGCCAAAGAAAAAAUACAAGUGAUGCCAGAAGCAAAUCAAGUAACAAAUCACUCAAAGGCAAUACAAACGACACAACAGUCACCUAUCAAAACAAACGGUGUGAAGCGAUAA